AUGUCUCAAGAAUCAUGUCAAGAUCGACAAAAUAAUGAAUUUGAAGUUUUAAAAUCGAUAUUUGGAGAUGAUUUAGAAGAUAUGAGGAAUAAUAAAAAUAAGCGAAAAUGGCAACCCCUCAACAUAAAAGUGACCUUAACACCAUCACAAGGAAUGUCUGGUCCAGUUCAAGUUUAUGCUCAAAUUGAUUUGCAUGUUAUGUGCGGAGAAUCAUAUCCGGAAGAUGCUCCCCAUAUUAAAUUAAAAAAUAGUUUAGGUCUCUCUAAUCAACAAAUCGCUGUUUUAUACUCAGAGUUGGAAAGUUUAGCAGAUAAAUUGAAAGGAGAAGUUGUAAUCUUUGAAUUGACUCAACAUGUACAAAAAUUCUUAUAUGAACACAACAAACCAAGCUAUAAUAGUUUUUAUGAAGAGAUGGUAUCUCGUCGUCAAGAACAGAUGCAGUCUGAGAUGCAUAAGAAGCAACUAAAAGAAAGUCAAGAACGACAGGUAUUGCAAGAUGAAAUCCAUCGACGACAAGAAGCUUUGAAAGCCGAACUUCGUGAUCGUAAAAGAAUGGCCCGUUUAUCUUUAGAAUCGAACGAAACAUCUCAAUCAAUUCCAUCUUCACCUCACGAACGGGUUCGUACCUACUCCCGGAGAAGAUGUUUAAGUUCAUCUGAAAGUCCGGAUAGUCCACUAAGUGAACAUAGAGCAACAAAAAUUUUACACUUUAUAAGUAAUAGGGGAGAAAGACAAAUUCAACUAGGUAAAUGUCUGGGAAAAAGCGUCAAAGGGUCAGUUGUUUAUGAUGGAGUUGAUAUUAAGGCUGUUGAGCAUUUAGCAGUCACAGAAUGGACGUUGAGGUGGUCAGCUAAACAACUACAACAGCAUAAUUUUAUUCGCAUACCUUUGAUAAGUGAAUUGUCAUCGCCAAAACAUUCUGAUAAACAGGAAAAUAAUUUAGAAACGGAAGAGCCUACAUCUGACUCACGGAUGAAAAAUGAAUUCAAGAUUCUUGAGUCACUUGGUGAAGGCGCAUUUGGAGAUGUUUGGAAAGUAAGAAACAAAUUGGAUGGAAGAGUUUAUGCUAUCAAACGUAUUGCUUUAGAUCCAAAGAGCAAACAGUCUAACAAAAAAAUGAUAAGAGAAGUUAAAUUACUUUCAAGGUUGAAUCAUGAAAAUGUCGUGCGAUAUUAUAAUUCGUGGAUUGAAAAUGUUAAUAUUAGUAAUGUCAAGCGAUAUUCAUCAUCUUUAUCGGAUCAAAUGUCUGUUAAUGAAGAGAAAACUGAAAAAAUAAAAAAUCAUGAUUUAAAAAACUUUGAAUCUCGAUCAGUCACUAUAUCAGAGGAAGACAGCAGUAGUAGUAGCAGUGAUGAUAGUUCUAGUGAAGAAGAGAGUGAAGAUGAAGAAGGAUUUUUUCACUCUCCACAAAAGUCAGAGGAAUCUUCAGAUGGUAUAGAAUUCAAAGUGGAUAGUGAGUCACAAAUAUCUAAGGCUGAGUCUUUUGAAACUUCUGAAAAAAUAACUAGUGAAGAAAAUAGCUCUGUGGAACAUAAAACAAAAUUUAUGUACAUACAAAUGGAGUUUUGUGAAAAAAGUACCCUAAGAACAGCAAUUGAUAAUAAUUUGUAUGAAGAUAAAGACCGUCUUUGGCGUUUAUUUCGAGAAAUGGUUGAAGGUAUCGCUUAUAUUCAUCAACAAGGAAUGAUUCACCGUGAUUUAAAGCCAGUGAAUAUUUUUUUAGACAGCAAUGAUCAUGUUAAAAUUGGUGAUUUUGGUUUGGCGACAACAAAUAUAUUGUGCUCUGUUGUACAAACAAUUGAUAAUGAACGGAAAGUUGAAGUAGACAAUAAAAAUGAUAUUAUUCUUGAUGAACCCCGAUCAAUGACUGGUCAAGUGGGUACUGCUCUCUAUGUUGCUCCAGAAUUGAGAAAUGAGGUAGCAAAAGCUAGGUAUAACCAAAAGGUUGACAUAUACAGUCUUGGGAUUAUUCUAUUUGAAAUGUGUUGUAAACCACCCGACACUAAAAUGGAAAGAGUAACUAUUCUUCAAAAAGUUAGAUCUAAAGAAAUAAUCCUUCCACCUGAUAUGACAGAGACUGAAAUGCCUCACCAGACUCAUCUUUUACGGUGGUUACUCAAUCAUGAUCCUAAUCAGCGACCGACAGCUCAAGAACUUUUAACGUCUGAAUAUCUACCUCCACCACUUCUAGAAGAAGCGGAACUUCAAGAAAUGGUUCAACAUACACUUUCGAAUAGCCAAAGCAAAGCCUACAAGUACUUGAUUUCUUGUUGCUUCACCCAAAAAGUAUCACAGGCUGAAGACAUCAAUUAUGAUAUGACUGUGCUGAAUCGUCCAGCAAACAGUUCAUCAUCAGUGGUUAAUAGGCUUUUGCAUGAUCAUGUAAAGUCCAUAAUUGUUGAAGUUUUUCAACGACACGGAGGAGUUAACUUAGCAACGCCUUUAUUAAUGCCUAAAUCUGGUCACUUGUAUGAUCAUACAGAAACUUGCGUUAAACUCAUGACUCAUUCAGGCAGUAUUGUCACCAUACCUCAUGAUCUCAGAGCACCGUUUGCGCGAUACGUUGCAUGGAAUGAUAUCUUGCACCUUAGACGAUAUGUUAUCGAACGAGUUUUUCGUGAAGAGAAGGUUCAUGGGUUUCAUCCCAAAGAACUAUAUGAAUGUGCAUUUGACAUCAUUAGCUCAACAGUAAAUCUUAUGGCUGAAGCUGAACUAAUCCGUAUAGUUUGGGAAAUUUUUAACGACUUUUCCGACAUGCGUCAGUUUGAUUUUACAGUUCGUUUAAACCAUACUUCUUUAUUUGAAGCUGUUUUAAUAUAUUGUGGAAUAGGACCAGAAAAAUUUCAAGAAAUAUUUUUUAUAAAUGAUAAUGCUCAAGAUGGCAAAAGUUCUAAAUUUUCGGCACAAUCAUAUCUUGAAAAUUUAGGUCUCUCUGAUCAAGUAAUAGAAACACUUAUUAAUCUUUCCAACACUGAAAAUAAUGCACUCAAGAUUGCGAAUUUUCUCAAGAAACUUACAUUACGCAUGGGAGAUGCCGCUAUCUUGGCAAAAAAUGCUCUCAGAGAAAUUGAAACUGUUACUGCUCAUAUUGGAGCAUUAGGAGUAAAGUGGCCAAUUGUUAUUGCACCGCUUCUUACUCACAAUAUGAAGCAACACCGUGGGAUAAUUUUUCAAAUUACCUGUGAUUUCAAACGUAGACGACGACGAGUGGGUCAAGAAAUAAUAGCUGCGGGUGGUCGUUAUGAUAAAAUGCUCCAAGUAUUUGAACGUAUUUCAGAACGUUCCGGAUUGACUAGUAAAGAAAACCGACAUCACGGUGUGGGUAUAAGUAUUUCGCUCGAUAGAUUAGUAUCUGUUAUUCAAGAGUUAUUAUUAGAAGACUCAAAUAUUGAAAUGAAUGUAAAAAAAUUUGGAAUAAACAUAGCGGUAGGAUUAAUUAAUAAAAAAAAUAAGAGAGAACAUGAACUAGCUGAUCUUCUUCGGCAAUUAUGGUCUCUCGAUCUUCGGGUAACCAAACUGGACUUUAAUAAGACUGAAGAAAUGCUAGAUUAUUGUCGUAAAAAUUUAAUUCCUUGUGUCAUCAUUUUAGACGAUGAAAAGGAAAAUUUAUCAGUUCAUUUUUGGGAACGUAAAAUGAAAAGAUUUAAAGAACAGAAAAUGUCUACAACUGAAUUUACUGAGUAUUUACGGAAACCAAAUACAACUUCACAACAAACAGAUCCACCACCAGUUUUGCAUAGAUCUGAAAGCAAAAUAAAUAAUAUGGAAUCUACGACAAAUCCACAUAACACUUCAAUCAAUGUAAACAUUAAUUUUGUACUCUUAGAAAAAGAUAAAUUGUCAAGUAGUGGACGGAAAAGUUACAGAAACUCUAUGCUAGCUCAAUUGUCAUCUUCCUUGCAUCGGAUAUCGUAUAAAGAUCCUAUAGAAGUAUUUGCUGUAUUUCUAGAAAUGCCUGUCAUAAAGACAAUUUUUGGUCUCUUGGAAUUAGAUGAAAAAGAACAAGAUUUUCAGAGGAGCGUACAAUUUGUUAUUGAAGAACACCCAUACCACAAGAAGUCGAUUAAACAAGUGUGCGAUGAGAUGAGAAAAAUAAGGAACGAAAAACAACGGCCUGUUCUAGUUCUAUACAGUUUGACUGAUGGACGUUUUAUUCGGUUUUCAUUUAUUCUGGGCUGGGCAGUCAUUGAUUACGACCAUUUGGUACUAAAUUAUACGGAGUAUGGGAAUUACACAGAAUACCAGUAUGAAUCUCGUUUGUUAGACGAUCCGGAACUUUUAUAUUUUUAUGUCCCGGCUUGUUUUUUGAUGCUCGUGCUCUCAAGUUUGAUGAUCUUUGGCACACUAAAGGACAAAUACAAAUUUAUAUUGCCGCAUUUUUAUGCACACAUUUUUUUAGUUGCAUCAUCUAUGAUGAAUCAAACGUACAACAUUGCUGUAGAAUUUGCUUACUAUCAAAAUAUUGAGUAUGGAUUUUUAUUACUUGCUAAAGGAAUUCUGUCGGGUGUCUUUGGAGAUAAUCUACAAGAUCUGAGAAAUAAUAAAAAUAAGCGAAAAUGGCAACCACUAAAUGUAAACAUCACAUUGACACCGUCACAAGGAAUGCCUGGGUCAGCUCAAGAAAACAUACAGAUAGAUUUACAGAUCACGUGUGGAGAAACAUAUCCAGAAAAUGCUCCGCACUUACAAUUAAAAAACAGUGUGAGUCUUUCUGAUGAUCAAGUAUCUGUUUUAUAUUCAGAAAUAAAAGACUUGGCAGAAAAAUUAAGAGGAGAAGUAAUGAUUCUUGAAUUGAGUCAGCACGUUCAGAAAUUUUUACAUACGCAUAAAAAACAGGGUUGUAACAAUUCUUGUGAAAAAAUUCAAGGCGAGAUGCCAGAAAAACAAUUAAAAGAGAAGCAAGAACCUCAGGUUUUACUUAAAAGAAUGGCACGUUUGUCUUUGGAGUCAAAUGAAUUACCAUCGUCAAAUCCAUCAUCCCCUCAAGAACGAGUACGUUCUUAUUCUAGAAGAAGAUGCUUGAGCACAUCCGAAAGUUCAGAAAGUCCGUUGUGUGAAUUUACUCAGACAAAAGUUUUGAAUUUUUUGAGUAACAAAGGUGAGAGACAAGUUCAUUUGGUUAAAUGUCUUGGACAUAGUGCCAAAGGGUCAAUAAUUUAUGCUGGUGUUGAUAUAAUAACUGUUGAGCACCUAGCAGUUACCGAGUGGCUACUAAGAUAUGCUUCUCCUGGAGAAAAAAAAAGCGAGUCAGAGGUUUUAAAUUUACAACAAUUAAUGAAGCAAGUUGUGAUUAUUGAACAGGAAUUACAUCAUUUACAAAAAUUAGAUCACCCUAAUCUGGCUCACUAUUUGAAUAUUAAGUAUUUACAAAAUAAAGAUAGUAUUGUCGUUUAUAUACUUCAAGAGUUUGUUGUUGGUACAACGUGUACUUUUUUUCAAAAAGAAAACAUUUCUGUUAAUAUCGAUUUAUUGAGAUAUAUUGCCACCGGUGUUCUUGCUGCGUUGGAGUAUUUACAUGAGAACAACAUUGCACAUAAAGACUUGACUGAUUCCAAUAUUUAUCGUUCAAGUUGUCUUGGUAAAGCUAAUAAUAAUUUUACAUUAAUUAAAGAGCAAGGAGAAAAAGAACUAGAUAUUUAUAGGUUCGGUACUUUACUUUUGACACUGUUAAAAGUAAAAAUAGUAUCAGACAACGAAGCGGAUUGGGGAUUAAGCUUGCCUUCAAUAUUGAGAGACUUUUUGUCCAAAUGUUUGAACCGUGAUGAAAAACUAAGAUGGUCAGCUAAACAAUUGCAGCAACACAAUUUUAUCAGGACUCCUAUUGUCAAUGAAUUAUCGUUACCGAAACAUUGUAACAAUGAAGAUGAUAAUUCUGAAUCUGAGGAGCCUACCUUUGAUCUUAGGUCUUAUUUACCAUCCCUUGAUAGUAAUUCAAGAUUCAAAAAUGAAUUUGAAAUUCUUAAAUUGUUGGGAGAGGGUGCAUUCGGUGAUGUUUGGAAAGUAAGAAAUAAGUUAGAUGGUAGAUUUUAUGCCAUCAAGCGGAUUGCUCUAAAUCCAAAAAUCAAUGAAUUAAAUAAAAAAAUGAUACGGGAGGUAAAGUUACUCUCAAGGCUAAAUCAUGAAAAUGUUGUAAGAUAUUAUAAUUCAUGGAUUGAAAACGUAAAAGUAAGCAAUGUAAAAAGAAGCUCUUCAUCUUCGUCAGAAAUGACAUCAUUAAAUAAAGAUAAAAGAGAUGAUAUCGAAAAAUUAAAAGCUGAAAGAAUAAUUAAAUUACUAUCGCCAGUUAAUGAUGUUGAGUGGACAGUGUCUUUUGAAAAUCCAUCAAACGUUGUUUCAGAUGAAGACUACAGUAGUAGUAGUUUCAGUGAUGAGGAUUCCAGUGAAGACGAAAACCGUCUUUGGCGUUUAUUUCGAGAAAUGGUUGAAGGUAUCGCUUAUAUUCAUCAACAAGGAAUGAUUCACCGUGAUUUAAAGCCAGUGAAUAUAUUUUUAGACAGCAAUGAUCAUGUUAAAAUUGGUGAUUUUGGUUUGGCGACAACAAAUAUAUUGUGCUCUGUUGUACAAACAAUUGAUAAUGAACGGAAAGUUGAAGUAGACAAUAAAAAUGAUAUUAUUCUUGAUGAACCCCGAUCAAUGACUGGUCAAGUGGGUACUGCUCUCUAUGUUGCUCCAGAAUUGAGAAAUGAGGUAGCAAAAGCUAGAUAUAAUCAAAAGGUUGACAUAUACAGUCUUGGUAUUAUUCUGUUUGAAAUGAGUUAUCGACCACCCGAUACUAAAAUGGAGAGAGUAACUAUUCUUCAAAAAGUUAGAUCUAAAGAAAUAAUCCUUCCACCUGAUAUGACAGAGACUGAAAUGCCUCACCAGACUCAUCUUUUACGGUGGUUACUCAAUCAUGAUCCUAGUCAGCGACCGACAGCUCAAGAACUUUUGUCAUCUGAAUACCUGCCUCCACCACUUCUAGUGGAGGCUGAAUUACACGAAAUGGUUCAACAUACUUUAUCAAACAGCCAAAGCAAGGCAUACAAGUUCCUGAUUGCUAGUUGUUUUGACCAACAAGUCACGCCAGCUGAAGACAUCACAUACGAUAUGAAUGUACCUAGUAGAUCAGCUAACAAUGAAGUGUCUGUGGUUAAUGAGCUAUUGCAUGAGCAUGUUAAAUCUGAAGCUAUCAAUGUAUUUCAACGGCAUGGUGGAGUCUAUUUAGCAACCCCUUUAUUAAUGCCCAAAUCUAGUCACUUGUAUGAUCAUACAGAGACUUGCGUUAAACUCAUGACUCAUUCAGGCAGUAUUGUCACUAUACCUCAUGAUCUCAGAGCACCGUUUGUACGAUAUGUUGCCUUGAAUAAUAUUGAACAUUUCAGAAGGUAUGCUAUUGAAAGAGUCUUCCGAGAAAAAAAGGUUCAUGGAUUCCAUCCCAGAGAAUUAUAUGAAUGUGCCUUUGAUAUAAUUAGCUCAGAUGUAGAUCUUAUGGCUGAAGCUGAGCUAAUUCGUAUAGUUUGGGAAAUCAUUGAUAAAUUUUCAGAAUUACAUCAACGAGAAUUUACCGUUCAUUUUAAUCAUACUUCAUUACUUGAUGCAGUUUUAAUGUACUGCGGAAUCGGUCCCGAAAAGUUUCAAGACAUUUAUUCAAUACUAUCUGAUGCACGUGAUGGUAAAUGCUCGAAACUCCAGGUCCAAACUCAUUUUAUAAGCUUAUGUCUGACUGACCAAGCUAUGGAAACUCUCUUGAAUUUAUUCGAUACUGAAAACAAUGUUUCUAAGGUUGCAAGUAUACUUAGAUCAAUAACAAAAAGGAAAAGUGAUGCUGCAGUUUUAGCAAAAAGCGCUUUGAAAGAAAUCGAAACUGUUACUACUCAUGUGAAGGCUCUAGGAGUUCAGUGGCCAGUUAUUAUCGUACCAUUAUUAGCUCACAAUAUGAAGCAGCAAAGUGGAAUAAUUUUUCAAAUAUCUUGCGACUUAAAACGUAAACGACGAUGUCAAGAGGUAAUAGCAGCUGGUGGUCGAUACGAUGAAAUGAUCCAAUCAUUUCACCAGAUAUCAAAAAGUUCAGAUUUAAUUGUCAAAAAAUCACAUCACGGCGUCGGUCUCAGUAUUUCUCUCGAAAAAUUAGUAUGUGCCAUUCAAGACGUGAUAUUAGAAGAUACAAAUAAUGAAUUAAGUAUAAAUAGAUUUAGAAUAGAUGUAGCUGUAGGAUUUAUCGACAGUAAACCUGAACGAGAACAUGAACUGGCUGAUUUACUUCGUGAGUUAUGGUCUCUUGGAUUGCGAGUAACUAAAUUGGAUUUUCAAGUUCAAGAAGAAAUUCUUGACUAUUGUCGUAAAAAUUUAAUUCCUCACGUUAUUAUUUUACACGGCGGGAUAGGAAAUCUUGUUCUAUACUCUUGGGAAUACGACAAAUUUAGAGAACAAAAAAUAUGUAUAACUGAAAUUACCGAACAUCUUCAAAGACCAAUAGAUACACUGCCAGUUUUAAAAAGCAAAAACCGUACAACUGAUUCAACAUAUUCAUCAUCAAAUUAUCUUAAUAUUAAUUUUAAUUUUAUACCUACUGAGAGAGAUAAACUGUCUGAUAAUUAUAAAAUUAAUUAUAAAAACACUAUGCUAGCUCAAAUGUCAUCCGCUCUACAACGAAUAUCUUGCAAAGUAUCUAUAGAAGUAUUUGCAAUAUUUCUUGAGAUGUCAAUAAUGAGAACAAUGGUCAAACUCCUAGAAAUUGAUGAAAAGGAACAAGAUUUUCAAAAAAGCGUCCAAUUUGUUAUUGAAGAGCAUCCAUUAACAAAGAAGUAUAUUGAGCAAAUUUGCGAUAAAAUAUGGGAAGUACGAAACGAAAAACAACAACGACCCGUUUUGGUAUUCUACAGUUUGACUGAGAAUAAUUAUGUUAUUUUCAUGUAA